GUAAUGAUACACAAUCAGAAGGUAAUAGAGUAUGGACAGGAGUAUAACAAUGAUCAAUUAAACAACACCCUAGAAGAUAUGCCUGGUGCUAUCCAGCUCCCGAUUGAUCAGACACAUCUGCCAUAUAGUAAGCCGGCGAAGAUGGUGAUUGUUCAACGUAUUAAUAAUGGUAAUAACUACAAGGUUAGAGUUUGCAUCAGAAAACCUGGCGAAAUUAAUAUAAUCACUCUUGUAUAUGAUUUUUACGACAUGUAUAACAACAAAAAGUACUCAUGCAUGGUUGAUACAGGUGCGCUAGAAACAAUUUUGCCAUAUUAUGUUAGAAGAAUGCUUGGAGAACUGGGUGGAGUGUCUAUUGGCGAUGAUAAUAAUUGGACCAAAUGGGUUAAAGCCAAAAUUCUACUCUGGGAAAAAAAAAAUCUGGCAAUCAAGUGGAAUAUGCUCUUAUCGGAAAUGAUGUUACCGACCAACUAG